AGAACCCAACCGUCCAACUGAGUGUUGCACACGCGGCGGUCGCGAUAGUCAGGUUGAUGUGCGCCAAACCAAACAGGUAGUGUAGUGGUACCAGCGGUCGCUUAGUGGUACCUGAGACACCGUCAUCGUCGCUCUCGUCGUGGUUUCUCUCAUCAUCAUCACCGAAACCCCAAAAUUUUUCGCCAAAAAACGCGUUCUAAAUUAAAUUUGUUAAAUCGUUUGACGUGGUGAGAGUUGUAUUGUGCUGUUGUUCAUCGUCAUCAUCUACAAGAGCGCCAUCCAACGUAGUGGAUCUCCAACGACGCGGUGCCGUUGUACUUGAUUCGCCGAAUGACCUUGAGGUUGAACACGUGACCAAGGGCCUUGACCUUACCUACCCCCACCACACAAUUUGAUGCCGCCUUUGGUGACAAUGCCCGAUCCGUCCGGAAGCGUUGGAGUGAGCUGAUCUAGGCCGUGAUGGCCGCAGACAUGAGGUCUCCGAACGUGUCCGUAACUCCCAUCAACAUGGAGCCCCCGUAUCCAUCGACGCCGAUUACAAAUUGUGAUUUGCCAACGGGGGAACCUCAGCGCACCAGGAGCGCGCCCCAUCCUGGCCUUCUCACCAACGGCGAUGUCCUCGACAGUUCCGACGCCGAAGUGGCGCAAAUCGACUUUCAAUGUGCCGUCAAUAUGCGACACAAAAAGAAAAGGGAUGGGGCGGACGUACCCAGACCCAUGUCGUGGGAAGGAGAACUCAGCGACCAUGAGAGAGAUAUGUGUGUCGAUGAUGAUAACGGAUCUCAGGUGCCGGAGAACUUGUCGCUGUCGCAGCCCAAACUGAACACCAUCGUAAACUUGGACUCGAAAGAGAGUCCCAUCAUGAGGCUGAAACAACCCCCAAUGGGCACCUACUCCUUGCACAGCACACCCAGCAACUCUCCCUUGCUCAGCCAGCGGCAUCCCGUGCCGAUCAUCGGUGGUCCCAAAGACCUCAUCCACAAGGACAUAAUGCACAAGGCGUUAAACGUCCCUCCGACGCCAAGUCCCGACUCUGCCAUCCAUUCAGCGUACAGUGUGUUCAGUUCGCCAAAUCAGAGCCCUUUGACGCAAAGACAUAUCACCUUAACGCCGAAUUUGAGUCGGAACAAUAGUGAUGCCUCCCAUUCGAGCUGUUGUAGUUAUUCGAGUGUUUCGGUUUCGGUCUCGCCCACUCAACAGUUCUCACCUACUCACAGUCCUAUUCAGGGCCGCCAUAUGCACAGUAUUCAUAACAGUCCCCUACAUCACAACGUACUCUACCGAAGCCUCCAAGAGGACCCCAGUGUACAAUACACUGACCACGACGGUCUCGACGAGGCCGAAGAUAAGACUGGCUUAGUUCAUACGUCUCUGCCCGCACAACCUGGAAUAUCACGUCAACAACUCAUCAACAGUCCGUGUCCGAUAUGCGGCGAUAAAAUUUCAGGAUUUCAUUACGGAAUAUUCAGUUGCGAAUCGUGCAAAGGCUUUUUCAAACGCACUGUACAAAAUCGAAAAAAUUACGUCUGUCUAAGGGGGGCUGCGUGUCCUGUGACUGUAGCCACAAGGAAGAAGUGUCCAGCGUGCAGGUUCGACAAGUGUCUGCAAUGUGGAAUGAAACUAGAAGCUAUAAGAGAAGACAGAACUCGAGGUGGUCGUUCGACUUAUCAAUGUUCAUAUUCCCUUCCACCGUCGUUAACAAAUCAUGCCGAACUGAGGGCGAGUUCAACCGAUUUGAGACAGAAUAUGGGUGAAACGCAUCACGGUUUAACCGUUAAAUUGGAACCAUCGGAUAGUUCGGUCUCUCAUCACAAGAGGGGAACUUUGCCAGGAUCGAGAGGUGUCCCAGCAUUAUUGCAAGAAAUAAUGGAUGUGGAGCACCUUUGGCACUACAACGAGGUGGAGCUGAACAAACUGAGCACUGAGGGCCAUCUGGGCAAAGAAGGAGGAAGCGGAGCCGUCCACAAUCUAUCAAACCAUCCUCUUCUAGCCGGAACUGCUUUGGCCGGCUCGACUGACACUAAUCCAGAUUUCGUCGCGAAUUUGUGCAAUAUAGCCGACCGUCGACUGUACAAAAUAGUCAAGUGGUGCAAAAGCCUUCCACUAUUCAAAAACAUAUCGAUCGACGACCAAAUCUGUUUGCUCAUAAACUCCUGGUGCGAAUUGCUCCUGUUCUCCUGUUGUUUCCGUUCCAUGUCGACUCCGGGAGAGAUUCGAGUCUCCUUAGGAAAAAGCAUCACAUUGAAUCAGGCCAGGGACAUGGGAAUGCAAGCGUGUAUAGAGAGGAUGUUGAAUUUUACGGAACAGUUGAGAAGGUUGCGAGUGGAUCAAUACGAAUAUGUGGCAAUGAAAGUUAUCGUUUUGCUUACAUCAGAUACGUCAGAGUUGAGAGAGGCGGAGAAAGUUCGAGCUUCGCAGGAAAAAGCUCUCAAAGCGCUGCAAGAUUACACGUUGAGCCAUUAUCCGGACAGUCCUGCCAAAUUUGGAGAGUUGCUUCUCCGCAUUCCUGAAUUACAACGAACUUGCCAGGUGGGGAAAGAAAUGUUGACGAUCAAGUCGAAAGAUGGCGACGGCCCGAGCUUCAAUUUGCUGAUGGAGCUUCUCCGAGGGGAUCACUAGAUGUGCCUUAUUAGCUUUGGUGGCGGGGUCAUACUUACAGACAGUAUUGCUUAUUACUCUUAGCUUUAAGUGGAAUUUUACGUACUUAGUAAACGUGCUGGACACCCGAUUAAACCGUUUCCAGUAUGUCUGAUAUUGAGAGAGAGAAAGAGAAAAAAAAUAGUUAAGUCUUUAGUUGCAGCUGUGUACAGACAUGCGCGGAAAUUUUCUUUUUUAUUAUUAUACAUACAUAAAGUUAGAGCUUGACGAAAAUUGUAUAUAUAUUUUUAAAUUAAGUUUAUAUUUUGAUAUUUUUUAUUAUAUAUUAUCUGAGGCUAUUUAUUGUGCCGAACGUUGACGAAUUUUGUUAUGCUCAAGUUUUUUACACUUGUAUUUAAUACGAGUUUGGGCAUAUUUUUGCAAUUUUGCGGCGAUUUGCAAACCUUUCCAUUCCAAUGACUUGGCAGUUUGACUGUCAAAUGCCGUUUACACGGUUUUGAACGUACUCCAACCGCGGCGUAACGCAAAUUACGAAACAUGAACAACUAAAUCUAAUUUACGCUGAGCGUUACGCUGAUGAACAAACGCAAGACUAUUGUUAUAAAUAGUCUUUUUUUAUUUAUUCGAGACGAUUUUAAAGUUUUAUUUUUUUAGUGCCAACAUCGGUUUAAAUUCACUUCAUAGUGCAAGUACCUACUCAUUGUUGCAUGACCAUUCAAAAUUGUUUGUUUAUUUAUUUGAAAAAUUGUGUUAUUUAUUGUAGUUUUUUCGGUAUUAUUGUUGGCUUUAAAUUUUAUUAAGGUGUCUGAUAAACUGAUCAUUUAGUUUGGAUCAUUCGUGUCAUCUGAAUACCAGUGUCAAUAUUGAAGAAAGAAAAACAUAAGACUUAGGGGAGGCCUUCCAUGCCUGCAUGCAAUGCAGUAUUAGCCCUAAUACUUUUUGUACUUGUCAUUUUACUAGCAAUUUAUACAAAACAAUUUUGUAUUGAAAUAUUUAAAUAUACUUUACAACAAAACAUUAA